UAAAAAAUAUAUUAUUAAAAAAGCCGAAAAACAGCUUUAAUUACGCGAUUUGUCACGCAUAAAGCGAAUAUUGUGUUUUAUAAAAGAAAAAUAUGAGACAUGGCACAAAAGCUGGCUUGUGAAAAUUCGGAACAAUACAUUUAAUCGCUCUCGAGUCGAAAAGGUGACCAAACGCACAUGCUGGUACGUGAGUCAAUACGUUUACGACGAACUCAAAUCUUGACCAAUCACAAUCGCCUAACGUCAGUCUCUUUCCAAUCAGGUCGCUUGUUAGAAGGCUGACUUCCGAGUGGGCGUGUCUCUGGGCGAUAGGAAGAGGAGGUCAAAUAAUCUGCAAAGGAUGCGAAACGUGUGCAACAGUGCGCGUCUCCAAGAUAUUAUCCCAGUUCGAAGAUAUUAACGGUGGAUUUAAGGCGCUUAUAGUGCAGGUAGUAGCACGUUUAAUUUAGAACAAACUCAAGUGGUUGUGUUGGGCAAGUGUCGCGCUAACGUUAGCCGAUGCUAAAUGUCGCGUGCUCGCCGAGCGAUAACGUAAUGGAGAUUUGCGAGCGCAAAUCUGCCACAUGAACUUUUGAUGUAAACAAUCGUCGAGUGCUUCUAGGUAGAUACUUCUACUACCCUCGUUUUGGGGGAGUCAUCCAGUCUGUUGGGAGCGUGUGUCGCGGUCGUAGCAAGCAGUCAUGUUUCACUCAGUCCCCCGUCGUGUCACCACCGAGGUCGGUGUUAGGUCACUCAGGCUCCCGGGGGUCAGGGCAUUCCGGCGGGCUGUGCAGGAGGAUGACGGCCGAGGCUCGGGGUCGUGGCUGGGCGAGGCCGCGGGCCUUCUCCUGUGCACCCUCCACAGGGUGGGCGUCCUGGAGACCGCCGCUAGAUCGAGACACAGGAGCAAGGGCUUGCUGUCCAUAUUCGCCGACCAUUGCGGCUUCGUCACCGGCCAGAGGCUGCGGCGUGCGUGUCGGAUCGCCGAACUGUACUCCAAUCUGUACUCGGAGAGGACCCGCUGGACCCUGGUGGGCAGCAUAUGGCGCAGGUUCCAGAGCAAGCAUUCCUCCCCGGGCAAGCUGAUCGCGGCCCUUGCUGGGGUCUUCAUGUGGGACAAUGAGAAGAUUCAAGAUGACGAAAUGCACAGAUGCGGGCUGGAGCUGCAGGGCCUCGAGACUGUCAAGAGCCUAGACGCACACUCGGGUGCAGCGAGCGGUCGCGCCGAGCCCGGCUGGGAAGUUGUGAUGGAGAAGAAGGACUUCCGAGUGUGGAAGCGGCCGAUCCCCGGCAGUCACCUCUACGAGUACAGAGUGUUGGGCUCAUACACUGAUGUCACACCAAGGCAGUUCUUCAAUGUACAGUUGGAUACAGAGUACAGGAAGAAGUGGGACGCUCUGGUGAUCAAACUGGAAGUGGUGGACAGGGACGUCAACACGGGCUCGGAAGUUCUACACUGGGCUACACACUUUCCUUAUCCCAUGUACUCCAGGGACUACGUGUAUGUGCGACGCUAUGAGGUCGACUUGGGAAACAACCUGAUGAUUCUAGUGUCCAGAGCCGUGCAGCAUCCUCGAGUUCCCGAGUCUCAGGAUUUUGUGAGAGUUCACGCAUAUCAAUCCAAGAUGGUCAUCCGUCCACACAAGUCCUUCGAUGAGAAUGGAUUUGACUACCUGCUAACCUACAGUGACGACCCUCAGACCGCCUUCCCUCGUUACUGCGUGAGCUGGAUGGUGUCAAGUGGCAUGCCGGACUUCCUGGAGAAGCUUCACACGGCCGCAUUGAAGGCCAAGAACUUAGAGGUGGGCAUCCACGACUAUGCCGGCGUCAUCAAGUCCAACGACAAUACGGGCCGCCAGCAGAACCAGGAGCGCCACGCCGCUGAGAAGAAACACGCCGGCGGUCCCGGUCAGAUGUUCGCUUGACGUUAAUGAGGAUACAGAUGAAACCCUCCAAACCCUACUUUGUGGUAUUUCCAAUACAACAUGAGUAUGCAUUUCUGCACUGAUAGAUGAAGGCCUCAAUGGGAGAACACUGGUAUGCUCUUUCUUUCUUUCUUUCUUUCUUUUUCUUUCUCUCUUGCUCUUUCCAUCCUUCUUUCUUUCUUUCCUUCUUUCUUCCUUCUUAUGACUCAGUCAUGCUAUGUCUUUCUCUCUUUCGUCAUAUGACUCACAGUCAUGCUAUUUCUGCUACCAUGUCCACACAAUAUGAGGGCUUUAAAAGCAAGCUAAACCAGUCCUUCCACAGCGGGGACGCAGUGUCUUAUAACAACCGUGGAAAUCCUCACGUCCAGUGGUACACAUACACUUGGUAGUCCUUGUCGAAAACAGCACUUCACAAUCUGUUCACGUAUCAAUCAUUUCACAAUGGGAAAAAAAGGUUACCCCAUUUCAACUCCUUUUCGUAGCGAGCUAACAUUUCACUGUGAUUUUGUUUAAGCUCUGUUGUUUAAUGUUAUUCUGCUGUGUUCGUCCUAUAAUGAAUGUACAAAGCGCGCAACAUGUUGCGGAAUAAUGCAUCACGUCUAAAUAACGUUUACAGCCUGGCAAUGUGGCAGACAACAUGCAUUUCCAUCUUUUUCCUUUCUGUCUCGAGCUGUACUGUAUUGGUGUCGUGUUCCUGUCGUAUCCCGCAAAGAGCAAUUUCCUGAUCUUCAGUAGUUUACCAAUCCAAGGGUGUUGAAUUGGUAGUCACUUUUUUCCCUGCUUUUCCCGACUAAAAGGGUUCCAAUAACCAGUGAAACAUGAGACAAUAUUUGCUAAUGCCCGCAAAUGUCACACUGUUGUGUAGACCUGCAUGGAUACAAAAUAUGUUUUUCUUAUCACAUGGCAACUGAUAACAAAGGUGUGGAAUUCUGUUGCAUGUUGAUCUGGAAUGUCAUUAAAACAAAGGAGCUUAUUAGAAUA